CUCCGUGCACCGGGAUCGGCCUCGCCUCCGCACCCAGCGCGCCCCCGCGGGCCCUCCCCGCGCCUCCCGCUCGCCGGGCCCCGCCGCGCCCCCGGGGGGCAGCCGGGCGGCCGCGCCGGGCCCGCGAGGCGGGGUGGAGGCGGGGGCAGGGGGCGGGGAUCGGGGCCGCGCCGCCUGCGAUGCCGGGCGCCCGCCGCAGCCGCCGCCGCCGCCGGAACCCGGGAUGGGGCGAGAGGCUGCGGCGGAUGCCAGCAUCUCCCCGCCGGGGGCCCCGGGGGCCGCGGAGCCGCCGCCGCCGCUGCUGCCGCCGCUGCUGAGACUCGGCGGGCGAUGGGAUGAAGAUGAGACGCUACAAGCUCUUCCUCAUGUUCUGUAUGGCCGGCCUGUGCCUCAUCUCCUUCCUGCACUUCUUUAAGACCCUGUCCUAUGUCACCUUCCCCAGGGAACUGGCCUCCCUCAGCCCCAACCUCCUGUCCAGCUUCUUCUGGAACAAUGCCCCCGUCACGCCCCAGGCCAGCCCGGAGCCGGGGAGCCCCGACCUGCUGCGCACCCCACUCUAUUCCCACUCGCCCCUGCUCCAGCCGCUGUCCCCGAGCAAGGCCGCCGAGGACCUCCACCGCAUGGACUUUGUGCUCCCCGAGGACACCACCGAGUACUUCGUCCGCACCAAGGCGGGGGGCGUCUGCUUCAGACCGGGCACCAAGGUGCUGGAGAAGCCGCCGUCGGGGCGGCCGGAGGAGAAGACGGAGGGGGGCGACGGCUCGUCCGCCAGGGGCCCCGCCCGGCACCUGCUGAGCACCAGGGAGCGCGCGGGGGCCCGGGGCCCGCGGCGCAAGUGGGUGGAGUGCGUGUGCCUGCCGGGCUGGCACGGGCCCAGCUGCGGGGUGCCCACCGUGGUGCAGUACUCCAACCUGCCCACCAAGGAGCGCCUGGUGCCCCGGGAGGUGCCGCGGCGCGUCAUCAACGCCAUCAACAUCAACCACGAGUUCGACCUGCUGGACGUGCGCUUCCACGAGCUGGGCGACGUGGUGGACGCCUUCGUGGUGUGCGAGUCCAACUUCACGGCCUACGGGGAGCCGCGGCCCCUCAAGUUCCGGGAGAUGCUCAGCAACGGCACGUUCGAGUACAUCCGGCACAAGGUGCUGUACGUCUUCCUGGACCACUUCCCGCCGGGCGGCCGGCAGGACGGCUGGAUCGCCGACGACUACCUGCGCACCUUCCUGACGCAGGACGGCGUGGCCCGGCUGCGCAACCUGCGGCCGGACGACGUGUUCAUCAUCGACGACGCGGACGAGAUCCCUGCGCGCGACGGCGUGCUCUUCCUCAAGCUCUACGACGGCUGGACCGAGCCCUUCGCCUUCCACAUGCGCAAGUCGCUGUACGGCUUCUUCUGGAAGCAGCCGGGCACGCUGGAGGUGGUGUCGGGCUGCACGGUGGACAUGCUGCGCUCGGUGUACGGGCUGGACGGCAUCCGCCUGCGCCGCCGCCAGUACUACACCAUGCCCGCCUUCCGGCAGUACGAGAACCGCACGGGCCACAUCCUGGUGCAGUGGUCGCUGGGCAGCCCCCUGCACUUCGCCGGCUGGCACUGCUCCUGGUGCUUCACCCCCGAGGGCAUCCACUUCAAGCUCGUGUCCGCCCAGAACGGGGACUUCCCGCGCUGGGGCGACUACGAGGACAAGCGGGACCUCAACUACAUCCGCAGCCUGAUCCGCACCGGCGGCUGGUUCGACGGCACGCAGCAGGAGUACCCGCCCGCCGACCCCGGCGAGCACAUGUACGCCCCCAAGUACCUGCUGCAGAACUACCACCGGUUCCGCUACCUGCUGGACAACCCCUACCAGGGCCCCAGGAGCACGGCGGAGGGCGGGCCGCGGAGCAGGGGCGGCGAGGGGAGGCCCCCCGCCAGGGCCAAGGCGGAGGCGGUGGAAGGCUAAGGGUGCCUGACGUUCGCGGCCAGGGGCAGGGCAGGGGUGCGGCCGCCCUCCUGUGGUCUUCCUGCCUCCCCCUGUCCUCCGGGGUCCGAGGAGAGGGGACCGGAAGCGGAUGCGUGGGAGAACCUUCCCUGUGCACGCCCUUGUGGAUCAGGGAUCAGGCCUGUGACCUCAGAAACCGGCAUUCCUCAUGCUGAGAGGGGACCCUGACCCUUCCGCCCUCCAAGGAGCUGUGCCAGGAGGUUCCGCGGACAGCGCAUGAUGGUAACCGGGAAGCAGGGGCGGGGGUGGGGGGCUGGAGGAGCUCCCGGUGGCCCGGGAGCUGGGCUGCUGGGAGAGGCCAGCCUUUGGCCCUGCGGUGGGAAGGGCUUGCCAGGAGGUCCCCAGCUCUGUAAAUAGUUGCAUUGGGGUGCAGGAGGAAGCGGGAUUCCAGGAAAGGAGGGAAUAGAAUAGCAUCCAGCUGAGAGGUAGCCAGGGUCCUCGGAAGUGCUGGGCAGGAGCCGUGAACCUCCACCCGCCUCCCCUCAGGGCCCCAGAUGCUCCUGAGCCAACAUAGGCCGGGGCCCGGGAGUCCUCCCAGUUCUGAACCUGGUUGAUGUUCCUUCUUACGUUUCUCUUUCUGUCCAGUGGGCUCCCACUUGGUCCUCUAAGGCCAGGGGUCCAGUUCUCAGGGUGGGAUGGGACAUCAGCCAGCUUAGGGGGUCAGACAUGGGGGUGCCCCACACCCCUUUCUGCCGGAAUCCUCAGCCCCAGCCCUCCACUGUCUCUGGUGGAGUAACCCUUGUCCCCUUCUUGGUGUUGGCUAGAGGCCAGAAAGGAGCCCUGAGGCUGCCCUGGGCCCGGGAGCCACUGAGGCCAGUUCUGUGACAUCUCUCGCCUCUUAGUCUGCCCCACGGGGGCGGGAGACGUAUUCAUUAAAGUAGGUUCUAAGCUGCUGUAAUGAAGAGACCCCGAAAUACAGUGCUUUAAGCAAGACAA